AAAUUUGUAUUAAUUUCUGUGAAAAAUCAAUAACCUUUCAAUCAAUAUUUGAUUUAUAAUGAUUGAAUUAUGUUGUCAUAGAGCUAUGACGUCAUAAAGAGUGAUGGAAUUUUGAAUCGAAUAUUUACGGGUAUCAAAUAUAAUAUGCGGUAUUCACAAUUUUUUAGUCAAUUGACUGCAAUAUCCAUUCAAGUCACUGUUCAUGCUGACAAUUCAUUGGCUUCCAUAAAUUCAAUUAAAUAAUUUAAUAAGCAACUAUUUUGCAAGCUCAAGGUCUGUUGGUGAAUAUUAAUGUAUCUGUACUGCUGUCAUUUAGUACAUUUCAAAUAGUCUUAAAUAAUAUUCUCUGACGAUUAGAAUGUGUACUUCAAAGAUCGGAACGCUUUCUAUAAAUGCUAUUUAAUUAAAAUUCAUAUUUUUUGUAAAGAUCUUUAAAAAUCUAUUCAAAGAAAUAUAUUAAACAAAAAGUGUUGUUUCAAGUAUUGCUCUGCUAGUAGAGAAUUUUAUUUCAUUAAUACGAAAAGUGUCAUUUACCUUCUUCACACGUCAUCGAUAGAUAAUACAAAUUUUACUUAUACUUGUGGAAUACUUAAGUCUGUAUAAUACCGCCGAAUAAAUAUCAAUAGAUGAGUGUGUGCGCGGAUAAUACCUAAAAUCUCAUAUUAACUGUCGAAGUCUUUUGUUACAUCAUCAGACCUGAAACUAAUUUUUAUAUCUGUUAUCAGUGAAGAAAUUCUUUGGGUCUUUGAAGGUCCAGAUUGUUGCUGCGACUUCGUUAAACUAUUUUAGUCUUCUGUCUUUACGCUUGAGUCACAUAAGUUGGCUAAGAAGCUAAUAAUAUGAUAAGCUGAGUUGACCGGAAAAUACUUUUGUUGCUAUAAAGCUGUGUUUUUUCGUUUGCGGUGUAAAUUAUAAUAAAGAAAUAAGAUGGAUGACUACCAGAAAGAACUGUUCAAAGGGAGAACAGAUAUUGCUGAACCCGAUGCACUAACCAAUCGAAAAAUGUCAAACUGCUCGAAUGAUAGUAACACAAAACACAAAUGGCUGAAAGCUUUCAAAAGUUUGAAACAACCAGAAAAGGAGGAGAAACAAGCAAUGUACCAUGCUGUUUCGACGGUGGUGGCAAUGUCUAGGAAAAACCUCAAUACCGAUGGAGCCGGUGGUCAUCAGUGGCGCGAGUAUACGUAUCGCAAAAUAACUCCAUGCGAUGCCUGCGGACAGGUCUUGAGAGGGCACGCGCGCCAGGGCUUCCGUUGUUGCAACUGCAAAGCCAACGCUCAUGCUGAUUGUAUGAGUGCAGUUCAACCAUCCAAUUGUCCCAGUCUCGUUCCUAAGCGCACCCCGGGCAUGGCAUUGCUUCGAAGGCAAAAAAGCACUACUCAGCAGGAAGAAGCAUCGGCCGCAGAACAAAAUGUUGACAUCAUCUACCAAGUACUGAAACAAGCUGGAGAAAUUCGGGGCAGUGCAGCUAAUUCACCACCAACGCCACCAAAAAGCGAUCAUCCUCCGGCGUCCAAUCCAAAAAUCAAUCCAGCCACUGCCACUGCAGAUUUGACUUCCACAUUGCCAAGCUCUGCAUCUACGUCUGCUCCACAAAGUCCACAACGUCGCAGAGAAAGAUUAAAUUUGAGAAUGAAAAGUCUCAGUCUGGAUUCGCCUGAAGUAGGAGCAGUCCAUGUACGUCACCGUCCCAGAAAUUAUCCAAACUCUGGCCCACGAGAUUCAACACCACCUCGUCGCUUUGAUAGCAGUAGCAUGAAUCGAUUAUCUGCCCCAUGUAGUCCUGGUCAAAGUAUACACGGCAUUCAUAAACAACACCUCCGUGGUACUUUGAGAAUGUCCAGCGUUGAACUGCCAGAUGAAAAUGAAAAGUCUUAUUCUUCAGCGAGUACUUCGCCGUGUCCUUCGCCUCAUAUGAACACGCAAAUUCAUUCAAAUCUACCUGGAAAACGAGUUCUGCCACCAAACAAUCUUUAUGUUGUUCUCUACAACUUUGAGGCUAGACACCGCGAUGAGCUUGAUCUUAAAGCUGGUUAUAAAGUCACUGUUAUCGAUAAGUCCGAUAAAGAUUGGUGGAAAGGCAAAUGCUUAGGAGGACGUGCAGGCUUUUUUCCUAGUACAUAUGUGAUGAAAGUUGAGUCUGGGCAAAAAACGUUACAAGUCUCAAGGAAUUUACAGCUUGCUGAUCAAACAACGCUACUGAGGGACCAAAUUGUUCUACAAGUAGGCGAUGAAGUAGAUGGGGUUGCAUUGGUACGUUGCGCAGUCGAUAUAUUGAGCACGGGACAAUCCAGUGUAGAUAGUGAAGUACGCUAUAAAGAAACCCUCUGCCCACUAAAAUAUCUGCAGGAAGUGUGACGUCAGUCACGUGGAAU